AGCUUCUCGGCUUUAGAACUGCAACUCUUUUGUGUCGAUAGAGCUGCGGUAGCCGUGCAGAGCCAUGUUGCGCAUGUUUGACUGGAGUGGAAAGGAUGAGACCUGUGAACAGGUGAAAAAACUUUUGAAGAAGUACCCCGAUCGCAUCCCGGUGAUUUGCACCAAGGCUGCAAAAACAAGUCUGCCGGAGAUUGAGAAGAAGAAAUUCUUAGUGCCUGCGACAAUGCUUUGUGGGGAGUUCAAGUUCAUCAUUCACAAGCACAUUGCAGCCACAGGAAGCCCAAAGGAGAGCAUGGGGCCUGACCAGACCUUGUACUUGCUGAUGAACAAUAGCAAGAAAUCUGUAAAGGCCAGCCAAUUCAUGUGCGAGGUAUAUGCCGCGCACAGGGCAAAGGAUGGCUAUUUGUACAUUCACUACAGUGCCGAAGCAACCCUUGGAUGAUCCCUCGAUUUCCUUGGAAUUCGGUGCUGUCUGCAAUUCGCACAGAGUCGUGAUCGUGAUGCCUUUCACGUUCUCCGUUUCGGACCCAGUGAUGAG